AUUGAAUUUUCUAUUUUGUAGUAGUGACCACUAAAGAACAGGUGUAAUGGGAAUUAUGAGAUUUCGUUAUCACUAAUUUCAUAUUUCGAAUUCUAGUUUAGAAACUUAAAAAAAAAAAAAAAUGUUCCAUUCCAAUUUGCGUAUCUACUGAAUUUUUGAAAUUCAAACCAGUUUUUUCAUAUAUCUUUUAAAUAUUCUGAAUUGAUGAUUAAUGUGCGUCAUAGUAUUUUUGUAAGUAAUUUUAAAAUAUAUAGAUUUUAUUUAAAAAAUUUGAUGAUUUCAAACGUGAAUUAACAAAUUCAACUUAAAUUAUUUGAUUCUCAACGAAAAAAUGUUACAUAAACAUAGACGGACGAAAAAAACUUCAUCUUGAUACGCCUUGUUCUUCAAGAAAAUGUGUCCUUAACUAACAACUACAAAUCAUCACGGAAGCAGAACUACCAAAAUGACUGUUGCAACUACCCUUGUAUAUCAACCAAUACUAGUUACCCAAUAUCAAUUUCCAAGACUCAAUAGAAUUUCCACUUGCAAAUUGGAUGUGUCUAGCAAAUUCAUGUCCAAAAAAUCCAUCUCUCGUUGUAUUCUAAUCCCCCCAGUUAUGAUGGCUUCCGUCGAUAAUCGAGAUGCUGGAAGGGAUGAAAGUGUCAGUAUUGAAGGUUUAGAACAAGAAGCUUUUGUUGAUGGAUCCAUGGAUUUUUCUUCUGGUGGAUUAGAGGCUACUCUCAAUAGUCUGAGUAAGUGGCUGAUGGCUGCAGUUUUCGGUAUUAUCUUGCUCUGGAGACAUGAUAUGGAAGCACUAUGGGCUACUUCAGGUGGAGUUCUCAAUGCUUGUCUCUCAACUGCACUUAAGGGGAUACUUAAUCAUGAACGUCCCGUUUCAACAUUAAGAUCAGAUCCUGGCAUGCCUUCUUCACACGCUCAGUCGAUCUUCUACACAGUUGCAUUCUGUAUCAUCUCAAUGGUUAAAUAUAUGGGGUUCAAUGGAAUAACUGCAGUCACUGGUGUGCUUAUCUUUGCAAUGGGCUCAUACUUUUCAUGGUUACGAGUUUCGCAACGACUUCACACGUUAAACCAAGUAAUUGUGGGUGCAGUAUUAGGAUUCUGUUUUUUCAUUUUUCGGUUCUGCCUGUGGGAUUCUAUUGUCCUCAAGGUAUUUAUAGAGCACUUUUGGAUUCAGAUUGUAAAUUUUGUUGGUGCUGCUGGUUUUUGUGUGGGUUUUCUCUUAUAUGUGAUUCGUAAUUGGGUUAUUGAAGACCUACAUUGAUUCUAUACAGAGUAUUUACAGGAUUCAGACAUACACACACAACACGAAUUAUUCAUAUAGCAAUUGAAAUAAUUAAGAUAUUAUCUCAAA